GAGAGAGAGUGAGCCAAACAGAAGGUGAAUAAUGGGAAACAGUUUUCUUUUCUUUCUCUCUCUACUUUCUUCCUCUUUCAUGCAAAUUUUCUCUUCUCAUUUCCCUCUCGUAACAACAUUUUCUCUUCUCCCAAACAGAGUUUCUUGAGGUUUUUUUUUUAUUUUUCAAAUUUUAUUUUGUUCGGUUUAAAAGCAGAGAAUCUUUGUGAUGUUGUGUGAGGAUUGAUCAUGGGAGAUACAGAGAGUUGUAGUAGCAGAGUGUUUGAUUCCUCGUUGACUCGAAAUCGACAGCACAAACAGAAAGUUAAUAUUUACAAUGAAGUUCUUCAUCGACUCAUGGACUUAAAUGUCGCUGAGUCAACGGUUCCUGGUUUCGAAGAUGAACUCUGGGCUCAUUUUUAUCGUCUCCCCACUGGGUAUGCACAGGAUGUCAAUGUGGAGCGGGCACAAGAUGUUCUUAUGCACAAAAAAUUACUCCAGUUGGCCCAUGACCCUGCUACUAGACCUGCAUUUGAAGUCCGUCCUGUCCUGGUUCAUUUGGCUUCUGCUCUAGGUUCACAAGAAAGAGUGGAGAUGCCAUGGUCUUAUGCAAGCAAACAGAGCAUUCAUCCUCAACCAGCCUUUGACUUGUCACCUGACCUAAGACAUGCUCUUGAAGCCAACCAAUUGUGCAUUCAAAAUUUUGAUCAAACUAUGAAUUCUCGGCCAAUGCAUGAGAUUACAAUUUCAACAAAUGACCAACCGAAACUGUUUUGUCAGUUGACAUCCGUACUGUCUGAAGUUGGGUUGAACAUUCAAGAAGCACAUGCUUUUUCCACUAUAGAUGGCUACUCUUUGGAUGUUUUUCUUGUUGAUGGUUGGGCACUUGAGGAAACUGAGCAGCUUAAAGUUGUGCUAGCAAAGAAAAUACCAAGGAUUGAGCAUCCCAGGUUGAACCAAUUGAUUUCUCCAGUAGGAGAGGCAGAGACUGGAAUGAAGCUGAUAUUCAGUCAUGCCGAGAUCUCUAAUGAUGGAUCUGAAGUCAGGGAUGUUGAUUUGCGCUUAUUAAAAUUUGAAAAGAAAAUUGCAUCUGGAUCAUGUAGCGAUUUGUACAAAGGUACCUUCUAUAAUCAAGAAGUGGCUAUAAAAGUUUUUAGGACUGAACACCUAAACGAAACUAUUCAGAGGGAGUUUGCACAAGAAGUGGAUAUCAUGAGGAAAGUUCAGCACAAGAAUGUAGUCCAAUUCAUUGGGGCAAGCACCAGACCUCCAAGCUUGUGCAUUGUAACUGAAUUUAUGUCUGGUGGAAGCUUAUAUGACUUUCUGCAACAAAGUGGUGUUUUGCCACUUCAGUUCUUGCUCAGAGUGGCAAUUGAUGUUUCCAAUGGAAUGAAUUAUUUGCACCAAAAUAAUAUAAUUCACAGAGACCUCAAAGCUGCUAAUCUUUUGAUGGAUGAAAACGGAGUUGUUAAGGUUUCAGAUUUUGGUGUUGCUAGAGUGCAAGCUCAGUCUGGCGUGAUGACUGCAGAAACAGGAACGUACCGUUGGAUGGCUCCUGAGGUCAUUGAACAUAGACCGUAUGAUCAGAAAGCUGAUGUUUUUAGCUUUGGGAUCAUGCUAUGGGAGCUACUAACAGGAAAGCUUCCUUACGAGAACCUGACGCCGUUACAAGCUGCGGUUGGUGUGGUCCACAAGGGCCUAAGGCCUACAAUUGAAGAGCAUACUGAUCCAAUGUUAGUGGAACUCAUGGAAAGCUGCUGGCAGAGGGAACCAUCUUUAAGACCUCAAUUCUCAGAGAUUCUUGAGAUUUUGCAGUCCAUUUCCAAUAGGAAAUUGAUUGUUUUGAAACAGACUAGUGACCCGAGGGUAUGCAAGCAGAAGGAGAAGGUAUCACGAAUAGUCCCAUCUUUUAGGCAUGGUCGAGGGCCAAGUGCCAAAUGAAAUGAAGUAGGUUUUUAUAAUUACUUAGUGUAAAAAAUUUGCCAAGUAAUCAGUUUCUAUCUUGUCUUGUAUUAGCCCAUUGGGGAUUUGCUCUCUACUAUGUCCCCAAAAUUACGCUAAUGUUCAAAGCAUAUGUGGUGGUGUCCAGCACCACAUAUCUAAUAUAAGUGUGUUCUGUGUUGUUCUUAUGAAAA